UUUGAAGCCAAGAAAGAUAAAUGGCAGAAAAAUAAGAGAUUGAAAUUGAACAGUUGUGAGAAAGCGUGAAGGAGAGAAAUGGGGGAUUUUUACGACAAGUUGGCGAAUAGGUACUCGGAGAUUCGGCCAAAUUACCCACCGGAACUCUUCCAAUUCAUUGCUUCCAAGACUCCCGUUCGCGACCUUGCUUGGGAUGUCGGCGCUGGAAACGGCCAGGCCGCCCGUUCUUUAGCUGGUAUGUACAAAAAUGUGGUAGCCACUGACAUAAGUCAAAAACAACUGGAUCUUGCACCCAAGCUCCCCAAUGUUCGAUACCAACAGACUUCUCCAGUCUCGACCAUAGCCGAGAUCGAACACAACGUCGCACCACAAUCAAGCGUGGACUUAAUCACCAUUGCUCAAGCUGUGCAUUGGUUUGACCUCCCUAAAUUCUACCAACAAGCGAAGUGGGUCCUCAAAAAACCCCAUGGGGUGAUUGCAGCCUGGUGCUACACCCCCGCUGAAUUCAAUCAAUCUGUGGACUCUGUCUUUGCGCGAUUUUACAUUGAUGCCAAGCCUUAUUGGGAUCCAGCCCGCUACCACUUGGACGACAGGUACAGGAGCAUUGAGUUCCCGUUCAUGCCAGUGGAGGGAGAAGAUCACACUGGACCUUUCAAAUUUAAAACGGAGAGACAGAUGGAUCUGGAUAGCUAUUUUGCAUACUUAAGAACAUGGUCCGGGUAUCAGACGGCACAAAAAAAUGGCGUUGAGCUUUUGACAAGCAAUGUGAUUGAGGAUUUUGAGCGCGCAUGGAAUGAAGAUGGAGGUGGUCAGAAGAUCGGAGUUUUUCCUAUUUAUCUGAGGAUUGGGAAAGUAGGGAUCCCAGGCUCCCAGGUUAGAAAAUGGCUACCUGGUUAAAUAAAACACCAUGUACGGUGAGUUGAAUCGCUUCAUUUUGACUGAAGUAGCUGCUCCAUAUGUUAAAUAAAAUGAAAUUGCCGCUUGUAGGAUGACUCACUGGUCCAAGACUUUAUAAUUGCUACAUUAAAUGUUGUUUUGGA